AUGCUUAAUAUAUUAAUAGCGGGUAUUAUAAGGAUUAGUUUCGGCCUAAGUAAAGAAAUUAUCGCCCUAGGUAUAGUAAAAGUAAAGACGUAUUUUAGAACGAUAACUUUCUAUAUUUUACCCGUUAAUACCCCAUUUUUUUUAUAUUUAAAAAAUAUAAAUUAA